AUGGAUCACCUGACUGCGCUAUUCCAGGAGAUGUGGCGUCUAGGUGAAGUGCCGCAAGACUUCAAAGACGCAACCAUCGUGCAUCUCUACAAGCGAAAAGGGAAUCGCCAAAUCUGCGACAAUCACCGCGGCAUCUCCCUACUGAACAUCGCCGGGAAGAUCUUCGCACGAAUCCUCCUCAACCGCCUCAAUAACCAUCUCGAACAGGGCCUUCUGCCGGAAAGCCAAUGCGGCUUCCGUCGUCAUCGUGGCACCACGGAUAUGAUCUUCGCCGCCCGCCAACUUCAGGAGAAGUUUCAGGAGAUGCGGACCCACCUGUACUCUACCUCCGUGGAGCUGAGGAAAGCCUUCGACACGGGGAAUCGUGAAGGACUGUGGAAGAUCAUGCAGAAAUUCGGCUGUCCGGAGCGAUUCACUCAGAUGGUGCGUCAGCUGCACGACGGUAUGAUGGCGCGAGUCACGGACAACGGAGCUGUCUCAGAGGCAUUCGCAGUGACCAAUGGAAUGAAGCAGGGAUGCGUACUGGCGCCUACCCUCUUCAGUCUUAUGUUCUCUGCCAUGCUGAUGGACGCCUACCGCGACGAACGCCCCGGGAUCCGCAUCGCCUACAGGACGGACGGUCACCUGCUUAAUCAACGGCGAAUGCACUUCCAAUCGCGCGUAUCCACAGCCACCGUGCACGAACUCCUCUUCGCCGACGACUGCGCCCUGAACACCACCUCGGAAGAGGAGAUGCAACGGAGCAUGGACCUGUUCUCCGCCGCCUGCGAGAACUGCGGUCUGGUCAUUAACACGCAGAAGACGGUGGUGAUGCACCAACCGCCACCCAACUCAGCCACAACCCCCAACGCGCCGCUGCAAAUCAGCGUUAACGGAACCCAACUGCAAGUGGUGGAGAACUUCCCAUACCUGGGCAGUACUCUCUCCCGCAACACCAAGAUCGACGACGAAGUCGCCAACAGGAUCUCGAAAGCCAGUCAAGCCUUCGGUCGCCUCCAAAGCACAGUUUGGAAUCGUCACGGUCUUCAGCUGAGCACGAAUCUGAAGAUGUACAAGGCCGUCAUCCUGCCGACACUGCUGUAUGGAGCGGAGACUUGGACGGUGGACGCAAAGCAGGCACGUCGUCUGAACCACUUCCACCUUAGUUGUCUUCGUCGCAUCCUGAGGCUAAAGUGGCAGGAUCGAAUCCCCGACACUGAUGUGCUGGAAAGGACGGGAACCCUCAGCAUCUACGCCAUAAUGAGGCAAAUUCAGCUGCGCUGGAGCGGCCACCUUGCGCGCAUGGACGACGAGCGACUACCCAAACGACUCUUCUACGGAGACGUCGCGACGGGUUCUCGCCGUCAAGGAGGCCCGAUUCGCCGUUACAAGGAUACCCUGAAGUCCUCCCUGAAAUGCCUGCAAAUCAAACCCACCAACUGGGAGGAGCUCGCACUCGAUCGACCGACCUGGAGGAGGACAGUGAAGACAGGCGCUGCGAUCUACGAAGCCAACCGCAUCGCUGCCGCCAAAGCGAAACGUGAAGCCCGCAAAUCACAACUUCACACAGUAAGCAACGCCGCCGCACAACCGCUUCCAACGUGUCCUCGAUGUCAGCGGACAUUCCGGGCUCGAAUCGGACUUGUUGGACAUCUUCGGGUUAACUGCGCCUCUCGAACGGCACCAACCAUCGUCCCCUUGCCUGCCUCUUCCUCCUCCUCUCUGCCGCCAACUAACCCUGACAAUUCUUCUGACCCACCACUUCCAUCAUCAUCCUCCUCCUACUUCUUCUCCUCCUCCUCCUCCUCCUCCACCUCUUCGCCCAUUGCUCCAACGGCGGCCGCUCAGGCGACUGUCCCGCGCACAGCAACCGACACUACCACCACCUCCCCCAACACCAGGGAUGAGGAUCAGGACUACACCUGCCCUCACUGCGACCGUACCUUCACCUCACACAUCGGCCUGGUCGGUCACUUGCGGAUCCAUCGCAUAGAGACUGGCGAACCAGUGCGUGAAGCACCAACCUACACCCACCGCACUCGCCUCCACUGCCCACACUGCCCUCGCACCUUCAGGCAUCGCAUGGGCCUUUUCGGCCACAUGCGCAUCCACGAGAGCGGCCUUGACCGCACUCCCUACACACCCACCACAUCCAACACAUCCACCGUGCACACCCCCACCCUCGUUCCAUUCGUCCGCGCCACCACCACCACCGCCUCAUCUGUAGCUGACACUGACACCGCCGACUUCUCAUGUCCACACUGUCCACGCACAUUCACCUCACGCAUCGGCCUGGUCGGUCACUUGCGAAUCCAUCGCACAGGGACUGGCGAACAAGUGUCUGGAGCACCCACCUAUACCCACCAAGCUCUUCUCAACUGCCCACACUGCCCUCGCACUUUCAGGCAUCGCAUGGGCUUAUUCGGCCACAUGCGCAUCCACGACGACCUGCGGUAG